AUGUCUUUGAGGACAGUAUUUGGUACCGUUAAACAAGUGUUCAAAGAGACGUUCGCUCCCAGAGACAUAACUCCCACUUUGACUCUUCUAGACUUCAAGAAUAACCAUGAAUUAGAAAAAGUCGUUACUAGAUGCGACCAAGAGUUAGGCGGAUAUUCUACCGUAAAUCUGGAUAUUGCAAGAAAUGGAGACAAUAAAUGCGCUCAUUUUCACGGAAACUUGAACUUGGAUACUCCUGCUAACAACCCAAAAGUAAUGUACUCAGGAUGGGCCAUGUUUCGCACAAAACAUAAGAACGCAUACCAACACAAGCUAUUUUAUCUAAGUGAUUAUUUUGCCAAUUUUAGAUGGGAUUUCUCCCCCUAUCAAUGCAUGGUUUUAAAGUGCAAAAUAGAACCCACAGAAUGUUUCACACCGAGUAAUUCAAAAGAUGGUACCCGUCUUCGAUCUUUUUUCGUUAAUAUCCAAACUGACUCUGCUUCUCAAACGGAUUUGUUCCAACACAGGCUCUUCUUCCAAAAACCUGGUCAAUGGGAGACAAUCAUCAUCAAUCUAGAUGAUUUUGUGCUAACUAAUAGAGGAAGAGUAUUAAGUCAAAUCAGCGGGGAAAUGGAGAGGGAACGAAUCAAGAGCAUAGGAAUAGGAAUCACAGAUGGCAUCUAUGGACCUUACAGUUUAUACAUUGAUAGUAUCAAGGUAAUGUUUGGAGUUGACCUAGCUCAAUCGUUGAACGAAGCCAGAAACGCAAACAAUGAAAAAAGUAAAUAG